GGCAUUCCAGUCUUUAUUCUCAAAUCUCCCAACCCCCAUUCCAGAGAGUCUUUUGUUCCUAAUACAUCUAUUUAAAGUCCUACAUCUCUUCCUCCCACGAUAGCUUACUCCGACUCUAGUAGCGAAUCGGACUCCCUUUCCUCGUCUCUAAAGCUCCCGCGCUCACUAUUCUCGUCCCCAGGAACUUCUGGUGGUACGUCCAUCACUACUCGAACCGACCUCUCUCAGACCAGUCCUACGCCGAGGUAGAAGAUCCUAUUGAAAUCCAAAAAGAUGCAGAACCUACCAAACCCAGCCGAGGAGCGGCCGUACGACCGAGUCAAGGCAUGCCUCGAAGAUUUCAAACGGUGGCGCGAGGGCCGCAAGACUGUCGCCCCCGGGGACUUCGGACAGGUAUUCCGAUGCAAAAUCUCAGAGGCAGACUGGCACAAGCUACAGAAAGAUCUGCAUAUUUUCGACAAUGAAGACCACGGUCCAUUCUCCUCCUGCAAAUUCUCAUACCACACCUCAUCGUCUGUACUCGUUAUUCGAUACCUCCUAACUGAAGUCCAUCAAAGGCCAAUCAACUUCCUGGCUCAGGUCAUUCGGUCCGCGAUCCCCUCCUUAGACGUCGACGUUGUCCAAGGCGGCCCAACUGUCACGCUUCUCCAUGGCGAAGCAGAUAGGGAGAGUAAACAGGCAGAUCUUUCAAUUUACGAAGAAAUUGACGGAGAUGACAAGCUCAAAUGGGUUCUUGAAGUUGGAUUCACUGAAACUUACGAUGAUCUCCUCAAAGACGUACGAUCGUGGCUGACAGGAAGAGAGCACGAGGUCGCCUUCGGGGUCUUGAUGCAAAUCACCGAGGAGCCAGCACACCAUUGCCCUUUAGCUGACAUUUCCGAUGAGGAAUUCGAGGCCCGAGGCCUAAAGAGUCGUCAGGAUAUAUCUCGCUCCGACUUUGUGAUGGAAGGAGAAUAUGGCCCCGUAUCCUAUCAAGGUGAUCGUUGGGCAGGACAAAUUAAGGAGAUCUUCUGGGAAGUCUGGAGGUUGAACUCGCAAACACAAGAGAUAGAGCUCGUUGGUGAACGAGAGGUCAUCGUCCCAGAGACCGCCGCCUCACCUAAGAUUCAAAUCGGCCAGUUUCUGUCAGUCGCUCCGGUGGGCGCACAGAUUUCGCCAGAUUGGGAUGUGUUCCGAACUGUUGAACUAGCAGAAUCGUGAACAGGUCAUGGAUUGGUCUGUCUACCUGUGCCUGUCCUCAGGCAAGGUCUGAAC